UUGUUGUGCACAAAUUAUGGUAGUUGAUAUUCAACGCAUUAACGAAAUCACUUUAAAUUUAAAUAAUGAAUAAGCACAAACCAACAAGCUUCAACAGGCGAUAGGAUGAUGUAAAUGUUUUAUAUUUGCUUAUGCACAAUAUUUGUGGUUCGUUUAAAGAUAGUAUACAGGAAAUGAAUAUGCAUCCCACACAUGAUGACCAACUAUUUUUUACUAUUAUUUAUUUUUUAUUGUAUUGUAUUCGUUUUCUCAUCAUGUGUCUUUCGUUGUGGUUCUUUCUUUCUCUAUUUUCUGGAGAAGGAAGGCGGAGUUGCCUCGCACAACAGAGGAUAUUAUUGGUCCAUCCUCAUAAGCGGGAACAUGCUAUUAAUUUAGCAAAUUUGCAAAUUUUGCUUGGUUCUAAAUACUCAAAUUGAGUAUAUUAACUUGAUCGUCGUGACAUAACGGAGAUGUAUGUGCUCGAGUCGCUGAAAUACAUACAAAAUUUUUUGCCGUUGAAUUAGCGAAUUUCGCUAAUUCAAUUAAUUAUUUAAUUCACGUAAGUGAUGACGACUGACGACGAUGGAGCAAAGUUUCGACUUAAUUUGUGCUCAAAAACAUCCAGAGUUGAUUGAUGAAUGUAUUGACCUUCUAAACACACAAUGGCCACGAUCCAAGACGGCCAGGCUGGUCAGUAUACAACAAGGGUCGUCAGAAGGUUUCCCAACCACAUUGUUGUUGAUUAAUACGCAUAGUAAUGACGACCCUAAACGAGUUGUGGCGCAUUGCAAAGUCUCCCCAGUUUCAGUGUACCACCCAAGUGCUUGUUUUGUAGAGUCUGUGGUAGUGGCGAAAGAACUUCGCGGAAAAGGGAUUGGGCGUAUCAUUAUGGAUAAAAUGGAAGCCUACGUUAAAUGUAGGGGAAUUCGGAUAAUCUAUUUAACGACGCAUGAUCAACAGGGAUUCUAUGAAAAGUUAGGAUAUUCUUUGUGUGAACCAGUCGUCGUAUACGGAGGAAAAUGCAGUUCAUUUAAGAUGGAUGGUGGUAAAACACCAUUUUCUAGUCAACACAUCCGUCCUGCUGGUACAGUUCAGCACAAAACUACUAUUGAAGAUAAUAUUAAGACAAUGGACGAAUCCGAAGUUCUCUCUUCGAUGAUGACGCAAAAGGCUACGUUAAUAGAAAACCCAAAAGACAACAAGAAUAAUAUUGCUAACAAAAAUGUUACUGAAGUAAUAAAAUCUGUGCCAUCAUCCCCUCCUCCUCCCCCACCUCCGCCAUUAAAUAAUUUAGCCAUCUCACAUUCACGAAAGUUGACCAAAACUGAUAUCGUUUUAAAGCCGGAAAUGAAGGUGACAAUGAAAAAGGAGCUGUUAUUCUAACAUUUUAUAAACAUUUUAACUCUAGUCAAUGUGCAUGUUUAACGUUGAAAUUGUAACGAGCCAUAUCUUAUGAAAAAAAUUUUAUAAAUUGACAAUUAAUAAAUGAACGAAAAUAAAACUAUAAAUAAGUCUUGACCCACCGA